UGCCGUGAAAGUGCGCGUUUUUGUGGGAGAAGUUUUGACUGAGCGAUGACGAGGUCAACGACCACCGUGCAAACCGUCCUGGCGGAUAUUUAUGAUCCGCUGGUCUUGUGGGAUGUCCUUUCCGCGAACGGCAGCGAGAUCGACCUGGAGACGACGAGUGCGAAUUCCACCGGAGGCCAAAGGGACAACGAGGACGGACUUAACAAUUGGUGGGCGAUGCUGGCGCUGGUCUUGGUUCUCGGCACGGCGGCGGGAAAUAUCCUAGUGUGCCUGGCGAUCACCUGGGAGCGACGCCUGCAGAACGUCACUAAUUAUUUCCUGAUGAGUCUGGCCAUCACGGAUCUUAUGGUCGCCGUCCUGGUAAUGCCGCUAGGCAUUCUUACCCUCGUCCGAGGAUACUUUCCAUUACCAUCGGUCUAUUGCCUUGCCUGGAUCUGCCUCGACGUUCUGUUCUGUACCGCGAGCAUAAUGCACUUGUGCACCAUAAGCGUGGACCGUUACCUAAGUCUACGUUACCCGAUGAAGUUUGGACGCAACAAGACCAAGAAGCGGGUCACCCUGAAGAUCACUUUCGUGUGGAUCCUCAGCAUCGCGAUCAGUCUGCCCUUGAGCCUCAUGUACUCCAAGGAAGACGAUUCGGUGUUGGUUGACGGUGCCUGUCAAAUUCCCGAUCCCCUCUAUAAAUUAAUCGGCAGCAUAAUCUGCUUCUACAUCCCACUGGGCGUGAUGCUGCUAACGUAUGCACUAACGGUGAGAUUGCUAGCGGAGCAACAGCAAAACAUCGGUGGAAAAGGAGCAGGUUGGUCAUCAGGAUGGUUGGGUGCACCUCAGGGUGCAUCUCAGGGAGCACCUCCCACGGCAGGACUCGAUCGACGGGGCACCUGGAAGAGAUACCUCCUGAAUAAGAGCUCGGGCGGCAGCGGAGGAACACCGCAACACACAUCCGGUACGUCGACCGACACCGAGCUGACCACCAUCGACACCCACGAGCUCUGGCUGCCGGAAAGCGAGCCGCCACCCUCGGCCAUGUCCGCCCUUCACGCCUUCGGCGCGGAGAUGCUCAAGCUGUCGAGGGGUCUCGAGGGUAUGGCCGGCAGCCCCGGUAGUCAAACCCCAUCAAAAUUGACGCCCCAGCAUCAGCAGCAGCAGCAACUGCUAUUGCCGCUGCAGCAACAUGGUCCGUCGCCGCGCAGAUGCAGCUUCCGCAACGGGAGCGUGGAAAGUACAGAGAGCAGCAUAUCCUGCUCGAGGACAAGCCUGUCGGCGCAGGAGGACUUCGCGAGUCCUUGGAAACACCGGAGACGAGCAUCGACUUACAACGAAGCCCAUCUGCAGAGAACGAUCCAGGCCAUGGGCUCGCCGAAGACACCCAGAAAGAGGUCUUUCAGCUUUCACGAAGAAUCGUCCUGUCGCAAGAACGAGGACGACUCGACGAUGCGCAGGAAGUGUCACAACAAAACACCGGACGAACCGAUAACGCUACCGCCACCCUGUACGUGCCCCUAUUUCGGGGAAUCGUCCAUGAGACCGCCCCCCUCGGGCGAGAUCGUCAUCGUCUCCAGCGAUACGAUGAAGCCUAUCGGAAACAAGAGCCUAGAGAUGGUUCUGACCAGCGACACCGCAGUCAAGCCGAUCAACAACAAGGGUCUGGAAACGGGUCUACUGAGCGAUACCGCGAGGCCUAUCGGCAAUAAGAAUCCGGAGAUGGGUCUGCUAGGUAGAAACAACAACGCAAGAUCUACGGAGGGUGUCAAGAAUUACGAGCAACUGACUCUCGCGAAUUCCGUGGUCACGUGGCGAGGCGAAAGGCGAGGCUCUAGCCUGGGCAAUACCAAGACUCUACUGUCCACUACCGCGAGAGCGACGCCGCUGCGACGCGCGGCAACGAUGCGGGCGCACAAUGGCGCGACGGGGACGACGAGCCUCACCCUGAAGCAGAACAAUCCGUCGUCGCCGAACCUGCUCAGGUACACGGGCGGCCAUGUGCGUAGCCAUCAUUCGCGCAACAGCAGCGUCGUGUCGCGCAACAGCUCUCGCCACGGCAGGAUCAUCCGACUGGAGCAGAAGGCGACCAAGGUGUUGGGUGUGGUGUUCUUCACUUUCGUGAUUCUGUGGGCGCCGUUCUUCGUGCUGAACCUGGUGCCGGCCGUAUGUCCCGACUGCGAGCGCCGGAUCGACCGCAAGAUCUUCGACCUGGUUACCUGGCUCGGCUACGCCAGCUCCAUGGUCAAUCCGAUCUUCUACACCAUCUUCAACAAGGUCUUCCGCCAGGCCUUCAAGAAGGUGCUGCUGUGCAGGUAUCGCAAUCAAGCAUGGCGACCGGCCAGGUAGGCCCUAGGCCCCGGGAGACCGGGGAUCACCGUCAGCAGGGUAUAAAGGAACCGGAAAUCGAUGAGAUCGAUCCGCGAAUCGUCCGUGAUCCGACAAAGGACAGCCGGUGGAAAUGAAACUGAACUCGAAUGGUGCUAUUCUACUCGCGCGAUUAGCUCGUUCUGGAACGAGCGUCCGAAUAGCUCGAACCAUCGGACACACUGUCGACGACAUUGUUGAGGAAUUAAAAGGUCUCUAUCGCGAAUCUUCCUAUUAGCGACUCCUGUUAACGUUUCGUAUUCAAUAAUAUUUUUUCGACGAGCUAAGAAUAUUUUUUUAAAUCUUCCUAGCGGCUCCUAUUCAUAUCUGAUAUCGAUUACAUAUCAAUAUGCAAUAAUGUGUAAUAUGAUGAUGCCUAUUUUUAAUAAUUAUAUAUUUAAAAAUAAUUCGUAUCUUAAAACAUAUCUUAUAUUACGAUAAAAUAUUCAGUUUUUUUUUAUUAAGUUUAUAUUUUUAGUACAAAUUAGAAUAUUAAAAAAUAUUGCACGCGAAUAAAUUCAUAUUUAACAGCUUCUAUUUUAAUAAUUUGAAAUUUUUAAUAUUAAGUUGUGUCUUCUUCGCCUGUGUUCGAUAACGAUUUUUAAUAUUUAAUUUUGAUAAACCUCGGUUCUCUUUUUGCUUAAACUCUUUCCAAUAAUCCAUUUUAUUAGAAAUUUUCUUUAUAAACGUACUAUAAUAUUUUUCGAACAUUUUAUGUGCAUUUAGAGUAAUCUGAAUAUCUGAUAGCCUAAUCGCGCGAGAACUCGAAACGCGAGCGAACAAUCUGACUAGUAGCCUAAUAAGGAAACUGUAACCUAGUACCUCUAAGCGCGCUUCUGUAACCGCAAAAUCACUCGAUAAACUAUCGCCGACUAAUUAAAUUCUCGAUUGAGUUUCCCUAAUUAAAUCUCGCACGGAAUAUCGAAGAGUUUAUAAAAAACGGAACAGCGUGCAUGUAAUUAUAAUUACUAUUAAAAGCGUAGAAUGUAUAUGUGUGUGUGUGUGUGUGUGUGUGUGUGUGUGCGUUUGUGUGUGUGUAUAUGUAUAGAUGCGCGCAUAAAUAUACAUAUAUAAACUGUUAUCACAAAUGAAAGAAAUGGUGCUCACGUGCAAAUAAUGUAUCAAGAGAUCAAGAAAUAUUUCCGAUGAAAUUAUCGGGAAAUAAGAAAAAAAAAGUUCGCGAAUUUGACGGUAAAAAGUGAUGGAGAAGCACUCGUUAAUCAACGUUAUAAUAUUUAUCGGUGUAUACGAAGAUGAAAAAUAUCCCAAAAAGGAGAAAGACCCCUAAUCCCUUUAUUGUUCCUGGCAUGUAAACUCGCCGCGCAAUAAUUAAAGAGACAAGCUUCUUCUUACUAUCCUUCAAUUAUUUCAACGUGACUAAAGUGUCUUUUUAACACAUUUCCUAUUUUAUUGAGCGACGAAAGAUUAAAAUUCCAGAAAUUCUAUUUCUAGAUGGAAAUUAUAUUCUAGAGUACAAUUUUAUAUAUUAUAUUAUUUUGUUUCUAUGGAAUUUUUUAUCGCAAUUGCAGAUUCUGAUUUCAAUUAUGACAUACAUACGCACACGAUUGCACGGAAUUUGACCGCAAGCCGGAUGCAAUCCUAAGUAUAGCUUCGCGAUUGAAUGUCGUGAGGGCAAUCAUGCGACGGAGAUGCGAUAUCCGCGUUUUCGCGGGCGAUCUUAAUAACUUCUGUUAUUCGUAAAAAUAAAAACCCGAUUUCACUGUCGAAUUGGCGCAAGCGCGAGACACGCGGUUCGCCAUUCGUAUCGAACCGACACAAGUGAUGAACCAGUGAAUACGGGGACGGAUGACGGAUACACCAACACCACAGUAGCGACGGAGGCCCCUCUCAUCGG